GUCGCCAGAAAUCGAAACCACGAGGAGCUGCGAAGGUGUUUUCCAGAAGCGCGGUGAGUUCGUGAUCGAAAAUCGUUGGUAAUGGAGGAGUACAAGGUCCAUGUCGGUUCUUUAUCGUACAACACAGAUGAAGAUUCUCUCAAAGCCUUCUUCGAAGAAAGAAUUCAACUAGAAGUUGUUGACGUCAAAAUUAUAACAGACCGAGAAAGUGGAAGACCAAGAGGCUUUGGGUUUGUAACUUUGAGGUCUGCAGGUGAUGUUGAUAUCGCACUCGAUUACAAGGAUGACCUGGAAUUAGAUGGACGGACUGUUGUAAUAUCAAAAGCUAAAGCUCGAGAAGGUGGCGGUGGAGGUGGCAGACGAGGAGGUUACCGAGGUGGCAGAGGAGGCGGCGGUGGAUAUGGAGGAGGAGGAAGGUACAGUGGAGGAGGAGGGUAUGGUGGAGGAGGAGGCGGAUAUGGUGGAAGAUACGAUGGAGGAUCUGGAGGUGGUUAUGGUGGUGGUGGUGGUCGUUAUGGUGGAGGAUCACAUGGCGGAGGAGGAGGUUAUGGUGGCCAAGGCCGUGACUGGUAAUGAUCUGUACUGCUCCAUGAUUCAACUGUGUUCCUGUCAAUCUGUUAUUCAUUGAUGAGCUGAGGUGAUAGUAGCAAGAGAAAUAAAAUUCAGUGUGCCGUCCUGAAACUUGAUGAACGAUAAACCUCAGCUUAUGAUGUUCGGUGCUCUGAAGUUACCUGUUACGUUGUUCCAUGUGCUCUGAAAACCUCAGCUUACGAUGUUUGGCUCGCUCAAGUUCCAGUUCACGACCCAUGAGUUAUGCAGAAAAGUCUCACUAUAUCGAGUCCAGCAAUCAUUUUAUGUUGAUAUUGCCUAGAGUGUAGCUCAAAGCAUUUAGUUUCAAAUGCUCGUUUUUAUAAUUUAUCUGUUCAUCAGAGAGUUGUUGGUUUGUUUAUUCAGCCCAAUAUCGGAUUACUGUAUUGCAUUAAAAGAAAACGUUUUGCUGUGUCCGUGCAA